AUGGACUGGGACCCCAUGGCAACGCAUACAGAUGGCUACAUCUGUCCACCCUGUCCAGUAUUUUAUCCAACAAGUGAAGAAUUUCAGCAUCCGUUGAAAUAUAUUUCAAGCAUCCGUCACAUUGGAAUGCGAGCUGGUAUUUGCAAAAUUGUACCACCACAAGGUUGGCGUCCACCAUUUGCCAUUAAUGAAAAGAUGUUUCGUUUUCGAACACGUGUACAGCAAUUGAAUUGCAUCGAAGGACAUUCGAGAGCAGAAGGACUGUUUGUCGAAGCACUUCGACUGUUUUUAUAUCAACGAGGUGAACCCAUGAAGGAAUUACCACGUGCUGAUGGUCAGUUGAUCAAUUUAUAUAUGCUGUAUAAGACGGUGGUGUUAUUUGGAGGAUUUGACGCAGUUUGUGCGAACGACCAGUGGAACCAUGUUGUACGUCGAGUGGGGCGAACGAAAUUGGCAAGUGAGCCUUCUGAAAAGCUAUGCAAAAUUUAUAAGACACAUUAUGAGACGUCGCUACUUGCUUACGAGAAGGAAAAGCAAAGUCAUGAAAGCAGUAGUAGCAGUCGUCAUAUUCGAUCAGAGACGAAGGAAAAGGUGAAGCUCGAAGAGAUCCAAGCCACACCUUCUGGAAAAGGCACGUCUGGUGAUAGUAAGGUGACUCCAUCACCUCGAACUCGAACUUUUAGUGGAACAAAGCGUUUAACGUCCACAAAGCGAUACGAGGAUAAUACAGAAGAAUCUGAUGCACGCGUGAAGCGUACAUUGUUUUCGGAAGGCGGACACACGAGCAGCGAAGAGAAUGACAAUCGCUCCAUUACUUUUCCGAAAGACGAAAGUGAGCAACAAGAGCAUAAGCGAAAGAUUUGGCAGCGCAGCCUUGAGCCUGAAUCAUUAAAACCGUCCGACACUCGCAGCGUGCGACUUGGCGCUCCAGAAAUUCGUGUAGGACAAAAGUUCUACCGUUUUUUUCCUGAGACAGGAGCUGUGAUAGCGGAAGUAAAGCGUAUAUUUAGUGGCAAGAAACCGCACGUUGUUGUGCGUUACUUGGAGGAUGGCUCGAAUGACGAUAUUGAGAUGUCUACUGUGGAAAUCUUUAUCGCCAACGGCUGGGAUGCAAAAGCUGCUGAGCUUGCGUACAAUAGCGAAAUUUGUCAGGUUUGUCUACGUGGUGAUUGUUGGGACAAAAUGUUGCUUUGUGAUGGCUGCAACAGUGGACAGCAUCUCUUUUGUUUGGAAGAGCCGUUGGCUGCGGUGCCUACAGGUGACUGGUAUUGCAAAGCAUGUGUAAAAGAUGCAACGGACCCAGAUAAAAGCAAAGCGAAUCCCAAGUUUGGGUUUGAUAUGGGAGCAGAGAUCAGCAUGGCAGACUAUAAGGAACGUGCUGAUGCUUGGAAAAGGAAGUAUUUUUCGUUGUCAUCUGAUGUCGAUCCGGACAAAGCAAUCAGCGUCCGAGAUGUAGAAAAGGAGUACUGGAAGUUGCUGAGUAUUCCCGUUCAUGAGCAGCGGGUUGAGGUGCAGUAUGGCAGUGAUGUCGAUACUGGUUCUAAUGGAAGCGGAUUUCCUCGGUCGGAUUUGUACAUGAAGAAUUUGCGCACAGUAUCAAAGCGCUGGAAAAACCUGACGACCAAGACAAAGAGCGAAUACGUUCGUCAGCUGAGCGAGUUUUUCUCGCAUGGGCUGCGCGAGAAUAUGUCAACGAGAGCUGGAGGAGAGAAUCCAGAGUUUGAUUCGGUGGAGUCGCUGGAGGAGUUGCUGCAACGGUACGCGCAGGACGAUUGGAACUUGAACAACAUGCCCAAGCUGCCUGGAUCCGUGCUUCAGCACUUGGAUGAGGACAUUAAAGGUGUUAUGGUACCGUGGUUGUAUGCAGGAAUGUGUUUCUCCACUUUUUGCUGGCACGUGGAGGACCAUAAUUUCUACAGCACGAGCUAUUUGCACUGCGGUGCACCGAAGACGUGGUACGGUAUUCCAUGUGCCAGCGCUGAGCAUUUUGAACGCACCAUGAAGGAACUUACACCCGAGCUUUUUGGGAGUCAACCAGACUUGCAUAUGCAACUGGUGACGAUGUUUUCACCCAAGACCUUGCGAGAGCACGGCGUACCUGUAUACCGUGCUACACAUCGCCCAAAUGAGUUCAUUGUUACUUUUCCGUCGGCAUACCACGCUGGAUUCAACAAUGGGUUCAACUGCGCUGAAGCAGUAAACUUUGCUACUGUGGACUGGUUGCCAUGGGGUGCAAAGUCGUUACGUAAGUAUCGAGAGUUCCGCAAGCUCCCUGUGUUCUGUCAUGAAGCACUUGUUUGUACUUUAGUUGAGACCCUCGUGGAUAGCAGUACCUUUGACUAUGAGCACACCGAGUCGUUCUUGCUUCCAGCGGUUGAACAGUUGCUGCAGGAUUAUCUCGAAUUCCAACGGCGCAUUGGCGACACAAACAGUGAGAUGCAAGUGUUAAAGCGCGAGCUCAUGGCUGAUUUCGAUGGACGAGGAGGCGCUGGUGCAAGUGACCCUGAAGUCACUUCGAAGUCUUCGUUGAGACGUGGCAUGGUAGCUCGAUCGUGCAACAGACCUUCAAAGAUGGGAGGCAACGCAUUGUCACAAGGCAGCAGAGGGUCUAAGAUGAUGAUGAAGAUGACAGCUUCUGAGACGUCGAUGCGCUCUAAUAGGAUGGUAUUGUGGGCAGGACGCUCGGGGAAAAAUCAGGGCCUUCGCUGCGUCACUUGUAAGCAAUACUGCUAUCUUCAAGCCGUUAUGUGUACAAGGUGCCGUCCACCGCAUGGGAGUAGCAGUGAUUCAACAGUUGGUUGUUUGGAGCACUAUCCGACAAUGUGCAAGUGCAAGGAUCCCGACAAUUUUGUGUAUUUGUACCGCGUUGAAGCUACGCGUCUUGAAGAAUUGAUUAGUAGUUUGCGAAGACGGUUGCAAAGUGUCCGCACAUGGAACAAAGAGUGCGAUACCGUGAUGCAGUAUGCGAGAGGGCCUGGCAACUCUCCUUUUGCAACGAAGGCAACAGUGUCCGACUUAAAACGAUUGCUAUCGCGUGGCAAAUCUUGCGGUGGUGCAGACCGCAAACGUAUAGAUUCAUUGGAACUUGCGAUAUCUGAUGUUGAGCAAUGGGACACUCAUGCUGACCAGCUACUAACUGCGAUUGAGUCCGAACGCCAGGUGCAUCUCAACCUUUGUGAAUUUGAGUCACUGUUGGCAGAUGCGGAGAAUUUGCUCGUUGAGCCUGCAGCAGUUGGAAAGCUUCAGGAGGUUGUGAACGAGUGGCGUGCAAUUCGAAAGAACGCUACUAUGAUGCUUAAGUUGGUAAACGAUAUUUCACGCGAUGAGAUUUCGAGAAAUACUUCAUCUAGAGCUGCUUCCACAGAUACUGCAUCAAUUAUUCAGUUGUUGGGCGCUCCCAACAUGUUGCUUCACGGCAUUGUGCAUUUUGGAAAGCUCUCUACGGCUAUCAAUAAUGUGAGCAACCGCCUGCGUGCGAAGAAAGAAAAUGAUGUAGCUGGUAGCUUGCGGAAUCAGCUUGCACGUGCACAGCGAUACUUGGAAGUGCUUUGCAAGGUGAACGUUCUGUCUGCCACUAUUGUAGAAAGGUUUCAAGGUAGCAAUGCCAUGGGUGCACCGACGCAAGUACAAGUUGAACGAGUGUUGAAUGAAGUAAGCGAAUUGGGCGUAGCAACACCAGAAGCUAUUUCAAAUGCUGUGGUGCUGCGAAAGCUGCUUGCAGGAACUGAAGCCGAUGCAGCAGAUGUGAACGAAGCGCUCAGUGAUCGUUCAAAGAGUAUGGAAGAACUAGAGGUGCUGCUUUGGCGUGCAAGGGCUUUACCUAUUCCGCCCAAGAAUGCAGAGGAACUCGACGAGCGGCUAAAGAAAUGCAGGUUAUGGGAACAUCGUGCCCAACAAAUUAUGGCUGUUGUCUUUGGAUCUACUGGAGCUUCUUUAGAUCAUAAGUCGAUUGUGAAGCGGCCUUCACUUGAUGAGGUAGAAAGCUUAUACGCCGACGCUGAUGAACACUUUGUCCCUAGUACAUCUCUACUCCGUCGACAAGUGCACUCACGUUUGCAAGACUGCCGUCGAUGGUACGACGCCGUUCACGCGUUGUUUCUGCGGCCUUCGAAUAGCCAUCUGCCUCUUAGUCAGUUUUUGCAGACUGCGUUGUGCAAGGUGCAGCAGCAAGUAUUACAGAGCUCAAGCCAGGCAUUGCGGUUGCAUUCACAGUUGCACUGCGUCUGUGAGCAGGUACUUAGUGAGCGAGCUCAGGUCGUGUCUUGCCAACGUUGCCAAUACUACUUCCACCCUCAGUGCGUGCCGGAGUUGACAUCAUAUCACCCAAAGGAUGUUUUCCUUUGUGGGACUUGUCAUCCACCUCAGCGAAAACGUGCAAGUCGUAACUCACGAACUAACGAGUCGCCACAGAUUUUCUGCGUCUGCCGUGGUGGCGAUCAAGCACCCAUGAUCUGCUGUGACUUUUGCGAUGAAUGGUACCAUGCUGCGUGCGUGGACCUUAUGCCAGGCGAGCUUGACCGUAUCGAUGCAUUUCGCUGUCCACGUUGUUCUCGUCGGCAGAACCUCUACUACAUGGACAAGAAGCUUUUGCGUCGCGAGUGUUUGGGAAGACGACCUGCACUUGCUAGAGUGGAGAGCUUUUUGGCGCAGAUGCAGACUCAAUUGGUGGCGUGUCCUCCAGGAGCACACGAGCUGAUUGCUUAUGUGGACGCUGUAAAGGGAGUGGAAUCUGAAGUCAACGAAUUCGUCCGCGACUUUGCAUUGCGAGCGUUUUUGCCCAGUCUGUUUGCCACACCAAAGUAUAUGCAGAUCCAGGAGGCUGCAGUGAUUCAGCUCAUGGAGCGGCUAACGAGCUUGGAAGUUGGUCUGGAGAUGGCACAAACUCGGUUAGGGGCUGUGCACUGGUGCUUGCGAGCAUGUGCACUUGUUUUUGGUCCUAAUCAACGAGCGCCGAAAUAUGCCCACUUGGCCGCAUUACUGCAAGAUACGAAGAGACAAGAGCCUGGUUUCGUAUUGCCUCGUGAGGAAUACCGACUCAUGCAACGAACGAUUGCAGAACGAGUGGAUAAAGCAGCGCAAUGGUUACGUGCGGCCAAGACACUCGAGGUUGAAGAGUGGAACAUUGAGAAAGCGCGUCGUUUGCAACAUGAGGCUACUGAGCUGGGCGCUUUUUUUAGAGCUGCCAGCGACGGAACUGCAGUUUGUCCAAAAUAUAGUAGCUAG